AUGAAGGACCGAUUAGAGGAACUGAAGAACCACAUUAACCACGGAAGAGUCCCUUCAGAGAUGGACGACACCUUGAUGUUUGACAACCAUGCUUUUGAGAAGACUGAAACAAACCCCAUAGAAAAGUUUUUACAGGAAGUAGCUGAGCUGUCCCUGGCACUGGCUGAGUUAGAAGGGCUGUCUCAGCUAACAGACAAGAAGCAGCAAGGUGUCCUGUGUUGUACCGCAGAGGAGAGUGUGUUCAAGGAGAAGAAUGAAUUGCACGUCAUAAUCAUAAAAGCUUCCUUUGCCAGCCAAGCCCAGCUCAUUCAACCUCAGCUAAGCACCAUCCAAGCACAAGCUGGCCACAGACUUUACUACCGUGACAUCAUCAACCACCACUAUGCCUGUGAGACUCAGAAUAUGGUCAGGCUGAAGGAGAAGAUGGUGAGACAGGCAGAACUGGCUGGGGUGAAGCUCCAGGAAGAGGAUCUGGAGAAACUGGUGGCUAACCCUGUGCCUCCUCAAAUGGUGGGUUGUGAUCUAGAUGUUUUGAAUGCUAAGCAAGGCCUAGCUCUGGCCGAAGUAUGUCAACGGCAGCUGCUGGACCUUGAGUACCAUAUCAGUGAAUUGCACAGUGUCUUUUUCCAAGUAGAAAUGUUCGUCUCAGGACAGCACGAGUUGCUGGAUAGCAUUGAGUACAACAUUUUGCACACCCAGGAUUACGUUGAACAAUCAAAUGAGACAGUGAAGAAAGCCCUAAAAUGUAAGCGCCAAUCAAGCUUUUUGAUGGUGGUAUCAACUGUGUCGGGUCUUUGUGCCUGCUGUACAUGCUUGUCCUGUAUCACCAGGCCUGUGCAUUGA